GAGGUCUUCUGACGGUGUCAUCUGGAGCUUUGUCUCAAGGAAUGCAUCAAAUGCCAAGAGGACGAAGUGUCCUCCAAUAGCAAACGGCCCUGAUGACGGCAGACCUCAUCUAGGUACAGCCCUGCCAGCGGUGACAGCACCACGACGCAGUCCGCGCUUCGUUGCCUUGGACCGCCAUCAACACUCGCUGUGCUCCUGUACUCGGCACCCCCUAUAUCUCAGUCCAAUGCAUUCUUAGCCCCCCACCGCCCGCUGUUACACCCGCCAUGCCUCACGCGCCCAGUUCGUCUAAUGGCAUCGACAAGCUCGACUACCGCACUCCUGCCGACGCGCGCCGGCCUCUCCUCCAGCCCGACACCGAAAGCGACUCCAACCGCCUCAGUCAAGACACCAGCUGUUCCGGCAGCUUCUUCGAGCAGGUAGCAGAGGGCAUCGUGGAACGCGACCGCCGCCUGAUGCAGCGCCACAUCCUCCGAUGGCUGACCUUCGUGUGGGCCAUCGUGAACUGCCUAUGCGCAGGCAGUAUCACGGCUUACAGUCUCUACGGCCAUCUGUUCCAGUCCCGGUUGCAUUACACCCAGUUCCAGGUCAACAUCGUCUCUAUCACGGCCGAGCUGGCCAUGUACCUACCUGUCCCGGCGUUUGGCUACCUCUGUGACCGGCUCGGGCCCGGCAUACCCUCGUUCCUGUCUGGUCUCUUCUUCGGCGUCGGAUACCUACUCGCCGCCUUUGCCUACCAGAGCGGACCGCCGCCGUCUGCUGGAGGGGAGGGAUGGCCAUUCGGGUUAAUGGUAGUGGCAUUCGUUGCUAUUGGCAUGGGCACGAGCUGCAUGUACCUUUCUGCCGUCACAACAUGUGCGAAGAACUUCGGGAGAGGAAACGCCAAGGGAGUGGCCCUCGCCGUCCCCAUCGCAGCAUUCGGCCUCAGUGGAAUGUGGCAGAGCCAGGUUGGGAGUCGGUUGCUGUACGAGAAGAACCCAGAUGGAAGCCGAGGGGAUGUGGAUGUCUUCCGCUUCUUCCUUUUCCUUGGAAUCAUGCUUCUUGGAGUCGGCCUCGUAGGCACCUUUACUCUCAAGAUUGUAGACGAAGAGGGGAUGAUAGACGAUGCUGUUGACGAACUCGAGCGGAGUGGACUCCUUGCACGGGACGAGUUCUUCGAUCGCGCCGCAGAUAUACACGGAUACGGUACCAUGGACGCCCGGGACCUCUCAGACUCACAGUUCGACUUCUUACAAACCGAGGCAGAGCGACUGAAGGAGCGUGCAGAGGAAGAAGCGCGGAAAAAGACCUGGCUUUUGAACGAAGAGACUCGUCGCUACCUCGCUGACCACACCAUGUGGUGGUUAGCAGCGGGCGUCUUCCUCGUCACCGGCCCCGGCGAAGCCUUCAUCAACAAUCUAGGGACAAUAAUAGGCACCCUGUCCCCCCCUCACCAUACGUCCUCGCCCCCACCAACCUCCCCUGCAACCCACGUCUCCAUCGUCGCCAUCACCUCGACUGCCGCCCGCCUCCUAACCGGCACCCUCUCCGACAUCCUCGCCCCUGUAGCCCCCAUCCACCAACACCGCCGCGGCCCCGACUCUCUCGGCAACUCUCUCGAAUCUCUCCCCCCAACCAAACGCUUCACCGUCUCCCGCGUCACCUUUCUCCUCACCUUCUCCCUCAUCCUCUCCCUCGGCCAGCUGCUCCUCGCAUCCGGCGUGAUCCAGAACCACGCUGGCCGCUUCAUCUGGGUCUCAGCCUUCAUAGGCGCCGGCUACGGCGCCGUCUUCUCGCUCCUCCCUAUCGUCGUCUCCGUUGUGUGGGGAGUCGAAAACUUUGGCACCAAUUGGGGCAUCUUAGCCACCGCCCCUGCCCUCGGAGCCACAGUAUGGGGUGCCGUUUACGCCGCUGUUUACCAGCACGCUGCCGAGGCUGGUGGUGUAGGAAGCGAGGCUGCGAAGGAGGUCUUGUGUUACGGGGCUAGCUGCUAUGCGCCUACCUUCUGGGCCAUGGCUGUCAGCGUAUGGGUCGCGUGCGGGCUCUGGGUUUGGGCAUGGAGGGGGCCGGGUGGGUGGAUGAAGAGAGGGAUUGCGGUGUGAUUGUUGCAACGGUGCCUCCCCUUGAGUAUGGGCAUAGAGUUGGUGGAGGAUCUAGAGGACGCGAGACGAUUUCCAUACCUAUCUUCCUGAUAUUAGACCAUUGCGCGGCGUUUUUGGGAACAUGUUUGUCCAUUAGCGACUGCAUAUUGGCGAUCUUCUGGUGUA